AUGGAAAACUACUUGGAGUUGAAGCCACACGAUGCGACGCUACUUGAUCUUGUUCGAAUCAUGUUUACGUCUGAUAAUUCUUUAGCGAUGAAAAAAUCUGUCGAGACCUCAGAACUGAAUCAUUUAAGGGGUCUCGAGCUAAGAUGGAUCAUUUUCAUAUCCCUCUAUGUGCAGAAGCUUCUUCUAUACUUGAAGAAGCCUAUGGCUUGGUUGGGGUAUGUAAUUGAGAUGUGCCUUAAUCUUCCCUCAAGCAAUGGAGGCUUUUGGUGGCUCUUGCUAAACAUCUUGAAAGGAUCGGUAGUGAAACCUGAUAGAUCGUCAGUAGGGGUGUACACGGUCCGGAUUGCAAAGUUCGUAUCAGUGUUGGGAUGUAUUAUUGGCACGAGAGUGGAAUUAGACAAGAAUAUCGAAACAACCGACAACAGAUAUGGUGCAGCACUUUCUAUAAUGGCUUCUAAGUUGGCCUACGAGCAUCAAGCCUUUGGCCAAAGUGUAAUCAUAGACCACUGGAAGAUGGAAGUUUUGGGGUGGUUCAACUUCUGGAAUGGUAAGCAGCACAUUAGUCAUCAUUUAAUGUAA